AACUUGCAAAAGCAAAAACACAAAAGAAUAAGAAAAAAUUCGUGGUGCGUUUGUGAAUAAAAUUCCUCAAAUUGUUAAGAAAAAAAAUUAUUAACAAAAUACAAAGUUAACAAUUUUUUGUGUCUAAAGUUUUAACGAAAAAAACCACAUUAAAUAGUGAGUUUUUUAAUAAAACCUAUUUUUAAGCAGUCACUGCGCUACAGUGCAUUGAUAGAUAUAAUACAAUAAAACAAAAAAAGAACAAAAAAAAAACCUGAUAAAUAAAAUUAAGGAUUAAUAAAAGAAAAUAACGCCUAGCAGCAGACUACUUUCUGGUGGAUUAUAUACACAAUCACACAAGCGCAUUACAUUUGAUUUUUUGUUUGUUUUCUAGCGAGCCACAACAGCAGCAAAUAUUUAAAAACAAAAAAAAUAGCAUUAAAAAUGUCCAGCCUACCACGUCGUAUUAUCAAAGAAACUCAGCGUCUAAUGCAGGAGCCUGUACCGGGUAUCAAUGCCAUUCCGGAUGAAAAUAAUGCCAGAUACUUUCAUGUCAUCGUAACAGGUCCAACUGAUUCGCCCUUCGAGGGUGGUGUGUUUAAAUUGGAACUCUUUUUGCCCGAGGACUAUCCAAUGUCGGCGCCCAAAGUGCGAUUUAUUACGAAAAUCUAUCAUCCAAAUAUCGAUCGUUUGGGUCGCAUCUGUUUGGAUGUGUUGAAAGAUAAAUGGAGUCCUGCUUUACAAAUACGCACCAUCUUACUAUCAAUUCAGGCUUUGCUAAGUGCCCCCAAUCCCGAUGAUCCUUUGGCCAAUGAUGUCGCUGAAUUAUGGAAAGUCAAUGAGGCUGAGGCCAUUAAAAAUGCACGUGAAUGGACUCAAAAAUAUGCCGUCGAAGACUGAAUGUUGUGUUAGAAAAGUUGGUAAUUUAUAUAUUUAAACGACGGCUUAUAAAAACACAUUAUUGGUAUGUCGAGAAAGUGGAAAACUGGAUUUAAUUUCAUUUCAUUUUUUUUAAUUUAAUUUAAAGCGGGGAAAUGUAUGUGUUGCUAUAAAAUUGUCGUAAACAAACAAAAACAAAAAUAAAAAACAAGAAAACUCUAAAGUAGAAUAAACAAUAAAAUUGAAAUUUUUAAAUAAAAAAAUAAAAACAAAAAUUAUAUAAUAACAAAACAAACAACAGAAA